AUGUCAAGUUGGUUAACGUUUUUCCGGUUAAGAAAAUUAGACGAAGAAGAAGAGAACAAUUCAGAAGAAUUGGAAGAUGGACCUUUAAAUCCAUCAAUUCUACAGGAAUUGGAUGAGGAACAGCAAGCUCAUAUAAAGGAAGUUUUCCGGCGAGCAGAACAGUCACAAAAGGAAGCUCGAAUUGUGCUGAACACAAGAAAACUUUCGAGAUUCAGUGAUGCAAUAUUUCGAGGAACAGUUGACGAAAAUGAAGAAUUUUUUACCGUUCAGAAUGAAAGCUUUGUACAGAUGGAUUCACUUCCAGAAACAAUACAAGUCACCGAAGCAAGUGAUUCGUUGCUGAAUCCUAGUUACAGUUAUUCAGAAUUCUCGGUGAGUGACUCAAAAGACACGAAAGAUUCGUUUAGCGAACAACCUGGAAAUUUUACACAAAGCAUUAAACGACUCAGUAGGCAGUUAUACCGCUGGAUGAGUUCUCUUGAUGACGAUGGAGAUGAUAUACUAACGUCUGCACGAAAAUGUAAGUUUUAUAAAUGA